AUGCAUGCAUAUAGACCCAGUACAUAUGUAACCGUCGGAGGGGCAGGACGCGCACGUUGAAGUAAAAUGCAUUAAAUAUAUCGCGUCGCGCAAAAAUUAAAUAUAGUGACUUAAAAAGUGAUAGAAUUAUGUGAUAUAAUUUAGAACUUUUUUUAUCAUAGUACUGUGAUAUUGUGUCGAACUUUUAUGAACUUUUUAUAGCUAUUAAUAAAUUUAUAAAAUGGCAGACGAAAAGAAUGAUUCAACCCCAUUUUUACAAAAUGGUACAUCACCCAUCAUUACCAAGACUCCUUUACCGGGAAAACCCACUAAGCCUGGUAAAGAGGGUAGAGGGAAGGCAUUUAAGCAGAUAAUGGCGUCAUUCGUCGCCAAUUUGGGUACCAUCAAUACAGGCAUGGUAUUUGGAUUUUCGGCAACAGCGUUGCCACAAUUAAAAAGCGCCACUUCAAGUAUUCAAAUUACGGAAAAUGAAGCCAGUUGGAUUGCUAGCUUAAGUUCAGUCGGGACGCCAAUCGGGUGCAUUAUCAGCGGUUACCUCAUGGACGCGAUCGGUCGCAGACGUACACUUAUCAUCACGGAGGUGCCACUUAUUGUGGGCUGGAUUCUAAUAUCGUGUGCACAGAAUGUUCCCAUGAUUUAUUUAGGCAGGUUACUCGUAGGUUUCGGUUCUGGUAUGGUGGGUGCUCCAGCGAGAGUGUACACCUGUGAAGUUUCACAACCGCAUUUGCGAGGGAUGCUCGGUGCUAUGGCCUCUGUAGGAGUUUCUACAGGAGUCUUGAUACAAUACGUGAUAGGAAGUGUGACGUCAUGGAACAUAUUAGCUGGAGUGAGCGCCAUCAUACCUAUUGUAUCUCUCUUGGGAAUGACCCUGCUACCUGAGACGCCCAACUAUCUCCUGACUCAGGACAAGCCGGACAAAGCUGAAACGUCUCUCGCGAAACUGAGAGGCUCGACCUGUAACCUUCAGGAUGAAAUUCAGAAGAUGAAAUCUUUUAAAGAGAAGAAUCAUGUUGAGCCAUUAAAAACGCCAAAGGAAAUAUUGAAAGCGUUAUUAUCUCCGUCCACGCUUAAGCCUUUUGGAAUCCUCGCGCUGUACUUCUUCAUCUACCAGUGGUGUGGUGUCAAUACUAUCACGUUUUAUGCCGUUGAAGUUUUCGAGUCGUCCGGUGCAUCCUUAGACAAAUAUUGGUUGACAAUCUCCAUGGGAAUUCUCCGAGUCAUAUUCACCGUAGUCGGUUGUAUCCUCUGCAGGCGGUGUGGGAGACGACCACUUACAUUUGUUUCUGCUUUCGGUUGCGGGAGUACAAUGAUAACUCUCUCGGUAUAUCUCUAUUAUGUUCAAUACUGGAAGGACAACAAUUUACCACCACAAAACUCCUGGAUCCCAGUCGCCAGCAUCUACCUCUUCACAAUAUUCUGCACCUUGGGCUACCUCAUCGUACCCUGGAUCAUGAUCGGCGAAGUCUAUCCUACUCAGGUUCGAGGCAUCGUGGGAGGAAUGACAACGUGCGCGGCUCACUUGUCGAUAUUCUCCGUCGUCAAAACCUUCCCCUAUCUGAAGCAUUCGCUGAACGAUUACGGCGCUUUCGGGUUGUAUGGUGCCAUAUCUGUUGCCGGAAUGGCAUUCUUCUACGUCUUCUUGCCAGAAACUAAAGGAAGAACUUUACAAGAAAUCGAAGAUUACUUCUGUGGGAGAACGAAAACUCUUAAAAAAGCGAGUAUAACCGAAACCGCUUGAACGAAAGAACAUCAAUAUAAGGACUUUAUUGAAUUCAUUACAAAUGGAAUGCAAUAUAUGAAAUUAGGUGAAAGAAAUCGUUUUAAUUGCGUUACGCGGUAAAUCGUAUUUACAAAUUAUUGUGUUUGUAAUGAAAUAUUCAUUUUGUGGAUUGAAUGAAUUAAAACAUAUUAUGGAUGAAGGAAUAAAUUAGAACAAGAUCUUAAACAAACUGUAAAUAUUUAUGGUAAAGUACAAAGUGAACUUAUUUUUUAUAAAAUUACUUUUAUAAAUAAAGGAUUUUGAUAAAAUAGCUAUGAUAAAUAGUAGGUAAAUAAAAAUUUUGAAUCUUUGAAAUAAAUCAAUCAAAAACUGAUAGAAAAUGUAUUUUUCGAAUCAAUGUAUAGGUUAAGAAAACAUUUUUAUGUAUAUUGAUGUAAAAAGAAUUUGUUGUUUAUUGUAUAUAAGAUGAUGCAUAUAAAAUAUUGAAAGGGUAUGUACUAUUGAAAGAGAAAAAUAUAUUUAUUUUUAGAAAUAAUUUUA